AUGAGUUAAAAAGAUCAACAAAUAUCAAGCUCAGGGGAGAUUGUCUUCUUAGAGAGUUAAGCUUAAUAUGAUUCUUUAUUAUAAAAAGUAGCAUAGUUAGAAAGCUAAGUGAAAAAAUUGGAAUCGAAUAAUUAGCAAAUAUAGAAAAAUUUCAGUAUGAAAGAGAGACAAUAUUAAUAAUUAAUUGAGGAAUUCUCGAACUAUAAAAAAAGUGAAUAAGAGUAUGUAGAAAAUAGGGAAAAUAGUUCGUUAAAGCUAUUGCACUAGUUUAAGAUUUACGAGAAAUAAAUAAAAGAAUAACGAGAGAUGAUAAAGAAUUUAAAAGAAUAAAAUUAAAAAUUACUUGAUGAAAAUAGAGAAUUAGAGAAUCAAAAGGAUUAUCUUUAAAGUUAAAAUUCCGUAAUUGAUCAAGAAAAACAGAAAAUUUUUAUUUCAUAUUAUUCUAGAAAGAAAGAACUAGAGGAAGUUGCUUUAGAAAAGAACAAAUUUGAAGAGGAAUUGAAGUCGUAUAAAGAAAAAAUUUAAAAUUUGGAAGGUUAAAUUGAAACACUUCAAUAAAAAUAGAUUCAUUAGGAAUAGGAAAUAAGCUAUUUGAAAAAAAUAUCUGAAGAGAAAGAAAAAUACUUAUCAAAAGUUUAAGAUGACUUAAAGAAAUACUUAGAACAAGAGCAUAUAGUUAAGUAACCAAAUCAAGAAGAGUAUAAAGUAAAAGUUAUUCAAAAUCUGAGAUAAAUUAUGUAAGAAAUAGUUGGAAGAUUUGCACAUUUAUCAGAGGAACUGAAAGAUAAUGAAAAUGAGAAAAUAAACAGGAGGAGUGAGGAAAUUGCAUUUCUAAAUAAAACAUUUAAUGUUCAAUUGCGAUUGGAGCUAGAAAAAAUAUUUAUUACGUUUAAACAUGAAAUAAGAGACAAUGAAGUUCGUGAAUGAAAUCAAUAUAUAUUGGAAGAUAAUAAUUAAUAAUCAUUUUUA